AUGAAUCGAUUGCUGGUUACAGUUGGGGUUCUUAUCGGGUUUCUGGUGCUCGUUUGGGGGUUCGAAAUAUUCGGAAAGAAGGAGCGCAUUUUGCAAAUAAAAAAACUGGAAAACUGCAAAGUGAAAAGAAACUGGCCGAUGUCGUGGGAGAACUUCAAAAUAACGACGCGCAAAGAUACCAAAGAGAACUUCAUGAACCUGGACUUGAUAGUCAAAGAGGAAGUUUCCAUGGAUUUCUCGAUGUCGUUCAGCUUCCUGAAGUGCGACACGUCAGGAAACCCGGACAGUUGCGAGUUUUUAUUCAGAGACACGAAAAUAAACAACGUUUGCAAAUAUUUGGCGAUGAAGGACCAGUCGUGGAGCCAGUUCGUGGAAUGUUUCAAUAAGGAAUUGAAAUGCCCUAUGAAGCCGGUAGGUUUUCCGAUUAUCGCUCUCGUAUAACGGCGAGAAGUUAAAAAUAUAAUAGCCCGAACGGUAAAAAAAAAAUCAAACGUCGAGUUCAUUUCCUCGGGAGCACUUAAAACAAAUGAAUUAAUAACUAUCUGGCAAAAGGUCCUUCGAAUUAUCUUCUUCGUUUUCUCGCCAGGAUCUAACCUUUCGAUGCACAGAUCAGGAUUUAGUAUACCUAAUAAUUUCUUUCUCUAAUAACAAAUUACUGGCAUCUUACAACAUCACUACUUAACUUCUCAUAACUUCAACACCAAGUGUAUUUGUACACACAACUUAUGCUAUAUUAUAGAUUAUUUUUGGCGAAGUAAUAGUGUAUAAUUUUCGAUUUUCGGAAAUAUUUCGAGGCCCGGCCUGGCAGUGCCUCGUCGACAACUUCCGAAAGCAGUUAACAA